CCCUUGUAUUUUACUGGCCGUUUCCGUGUGGCAUUCAGAUAGUCAUGAGUGAGGUUUACAGCAAAUAGAGAUAGCCAUUGGCCUCUUCGCACGGCUGUCUAGUUGGGAAGACCCGUCUCCUCGUAUCGUUGGUACGGAAACCGAGAGGGGACUGGUUGGUUACGCGGCGGCGGUGGGUCUCCACCCGAGAGUAUGGCGGUCAGGAUUGUAUUGGUGAGCGCAUAACUACCGGGAAGAGAUGGUGGAAAGAAAGAAAGGAACAACGCUUGUAUUAUUAACUUUUAAAAUAGUGUUUAUUUAUCAACAUUUGUUGAGUUAAUACGCGCCAGUCUUCUUGCAGAAUCCAUCAUCAGAGACCGUCCUGUUUUUUCUCCAAUGUCUUCGCAGGAGCAGGUUUUUUGUUUUUGUUUUUAUGUUGUAUAGAAUGGUAAGCUAAGCAGAUGAAAAACCACACGUUUCACAUUGUCCAGCGUUUUGAUACCUUUUAAUGCACAUUUUAAAAAUUGCAAUCGUAUGGAUGCAAAUAGUCAUCCGUGUCUGGUAUGCCUGGGGGAAUUUCUACAAUGAAGUCCAUCUUCAGUCAUCGAGGCUUUGUGCUCUGCUUUUGUAUUUCCCAUUGCUGAGCGGUGGUAAGUAAGGCAAUAUUUUUGAUAUCCGUUCAAAAUGAGUUCAAAAUGAAACACGAAUAAAUUCUAUUUGCGCGGGGAUAUUCUAUUCUAUGUCGCGCGGAGAGUGAUAGCUUUCGACAAUCUCUUGAAAUCAUCAACUAACAAGGGUGCAAUGCGCGAGUACAAAGUGGUGGUCCUCGGCAGCGGGGGGGUCGGGAAAUCCGCCCUCACUGUUCAGUUUGUCACCGGGACGUUUAUUGAGAAAUACGACCCGACCAUAGAGGAUUUUUACCGCAAAGAAAUCGAGGUGGAUUCCUCACCUUCUGUUCUGGAGAUUCUUGACACUGCUGGUACGGAACAGUUCGCAUCCAUGCGGGACCUUUACAUAAAAAAUGGCCAAGGCUUCAUACUGGUCUACAGUCUUGUCAACCAGCAAAGCUUCCAAGACAUUAAGCCCAUGAGGGACCAGAUCAUCAGAGUGAAAAGGUACGAGAAGGUCCCAGUGAUCCUGGUGGGGAACAAGGUGGACCUGGAGAGUGAGAGGGAGGUGUCGGCCAGCGAGGGCCAGGCUCUGGCUGAGGAGUGGGGCUGCCCCUUCAUGGAGACCUCGGCCAAGAGCAAAACCAUGGUGGACGAACUAUUCGCCGAGAUCGUUCGGCAGAUGGACUACGCCGCCCAGCCAGACAAGGAUGACCCAUGCUGCUCCUCCUGCAAUAUACAAUAGCCCCAGGGCCUAGGGUGACGCCAGGGGCCAGGGAAGAGAGGACGUAGCCCCAGGGCCUAGGGCGAUACCAGGGAAGAGAGGACGUAGCCCCAGGGCCUAGGGUAACACCAGGGGCCAGGGGAGAGAGGAUGUAGCCCCAGGGCCUAGGGCGACACCAGGGGAGAGAGGACAUAGCCCCAGGGCCUAGGGUGAUGCCAGGGGAGGGAGGACAUAGCCCCAGGGCCUAGGGCAAUGCCAGGGGAGAGAGGACGUAGCCCCAGGACAUAGGGCAACAUCAGGGGAGAGAGGAUAUAGCCCCAGGGCCUAGGGCGAUGCCAGGGGAGAGAGGAUAUAGCCCCAGGGCAUAGGGCGAUGCUAGGGGCCAAGGGAGAGAGAACGUAGCCCCAUGGCCUAGGGCGAUACCAGGGGAGAGAGGACGUAGCCCCAGGGCCUAGGGUGACGCCAGGGGCCAGGAGAGAGGAUUUAGCCCCAGGGCUUAGGGCGACACCAGGGGCCAGGGGGAGAGAGGGAGUCUGCUUACAGGAAGAGUCACAGAGAGGAGGACAAUACUUACACCAACAACAUCGACGAUUAACAAACUCGUGGUAGAACUGUGGUGGAUUUGAACUCUUUGGUGCAUAAAAUCCGUCAUGAUGUAAUUAAUAAUAAUGAUAUGUUCAUAAUUAAUAUAAUUAAAUGAGGAAUGCAAAGGAUUUGCCGCAAGAGAAAUUGACAAACAAACAGGACUACAGAAAAGUGCACUCACCUUAUGUUAUCCUGUUUUCUCUGUCUUGAGUCAUCUGUCGGAAUUACUGAACAGGAUGUGUACUCUUUAUGCUGUUCUGCGAUCAGUAAUACAUCUCUUUUACAUUGUUUUAGUUUUGUUGAUAUGACCCAGUUUUUCUCUCAGCACUUCGAGCUGGAGCCUUCUUUCUCCAUUUUAACUGACAGAGCAGAAGACACCGACUCAAGAGGAGGUAAUCCCUCAGAUCCACUUGUUUGAAACAUUGAUGAGUAAUUGAUUUGUGUACUAGGUUUCUCUACGUCGCCAAGGAGAUGUUUUGUACUCGUUACUAGGAGACCAGAGGCUCUUUUUCUUUUCUCUUUGAUUUGUUUUGAGGAAGGGGAAAAGAUGGUGGAAAAAGACUGUGUCAUGCUUGAAUCUUCAGUGCAACAACAUUGUCUUCUCCUUGUUUUCUCCUUGUUGUGUUAAAGUGUAGCGGAGGUGUCACAUACCCUGUGAUUUGUUUUGGUUUCAGAAGGUUGUGACGACAUGAUUACUGAAUAUUGUAACCGUUUUAUUCGGAUGGGACUAGGAGGACUCCAUCUUUCAGUAUUCUAAUAUCUCUACAGACUAUUUCUAGAAACCGUUUACUUUUCAAGAAUGGGUGCCAUCCCUCAUCACCCCUCAUCAUCCCUCAUCACCCCUCAUCACCCACAUUUACAUUUACAUUUACGUCAUUUAGCAGACGCUCUUAUCCAGAGCGACUUACAAAUUGGUGCA